UAUGGUCACUGUCAUUUUUUUAAGAAAAUGUUUGACAGCUGAGAGCAUCCUGCUAAAUUAAGAUGACCACAUGUCUGGUGCUUCGGCUUACAUGCGCAAACUACACGAGUUACUUUCCUAUUUGAUCGUAUUGCCACAAAAAUCAAUCGAUUGAUCAUUUUUGUUGUGAUUUUGGAGUGAUGAUACAAUCAAGAUAAUUACAGUAUUAUUGAAUUGUGACUAUAAUUUUUAUCAAAAUGUCCCAAGGGAAGAUAGUUUUAAUGGCUUGUGGCAGCUUCAGCCCACCAACAUACAUGCAUUUGCGAAUGUUUGAGAUCGCCAGAGAUUACAUCCACACGCUGGGUUUGGGCACCGUGGUCGGCGGGAUAGUGUCUCCCGUGCAUGAUAAAUAUGGCAAGAAGGACUUGGUGGCCGCACACCAUAGGAUAUCCAUGUUAAAGCUGGCGCUGCGAUCGUCCGCGUGGAUCAAGGUGUCCGAGUGGGAGACGCAGCAGGAAGGCUGGACGCGCACGAGGGUCUCCUUACAACACCACCAGGACACGAUCAACCAGCACCUGGCCUCGAACAGCUGCGACGCCCCCUCGUGGCUCCCCGACGACAUGCUCAACGUCAACAGUCUGGACGAGCCCGACAACCUCGUGACCAAACUCAACGGCAACCAGGAUGAAACCGUCACGGUUAAGUUACUGUGUGGCGCGGACCUGUUGGAGUCCUUCGCUACGCCCGGCUUGUGGUCUGAUGACGAUGUAAGUGACUUUGACAACCUGAUGACUAAACUCAACGGCAACCAGGAUGAAACCGUCACGGUUAAACUACUGUGUGGCGCGGACCUGUUGGAGUCCUUCGCUACGCCCGGCUUGUGGUCUGAUGACGAUCUGGAGACGAUAGUGGGCCGGCACGGGCUGGUGGUCGUGAGCCGCGCCGGCAGCCAACCGGACAAGUUCGUGUUCGACUCCGACAUGCUGUACAAGUAUCGGAGAAACAUAACCCUGGUGACGAACUACAUAGCCAACGAGGUGAGCUCGACCGUGAUCCGGCGCCUCGUGCGGCGGCGCGAGAGCGCCAAGUACCUGACGGACGACGCCGUGCUCGCCUACAUCCGCCAGCACCGCCUCUACGGCGCCACGCUCAAUGAGUACCAUCUCAACAAUCUCAGGAAAUCUCCACAAGACGUUCCCAUGGCGUCCCCGGACGAGACCAGCUUCAAGAACAUCCUCAUCUCCAUCCGGGACAAGCCCACCAUCACCGACCAAACUAUCACUGUCAAAAGAAAGAAAUCCAACUACCUGAUGCCAACUAUGACGGAUUCCAUCAGUCCCAUAGUUGACAGACCGCGGCAAGCUUACGUUGACAAGGUCCCUGUCAACUACGUGCCGGGGAAAGCUGUCAAAAUUGUCAGCGAGAAAUUGUACAGCGGCAGGAUAAUGAGACAAAGAUAUCUUCGUUAUUUUCGCCGUCGAGAUGAAAAAGAGACAUUUCUGGAGGCGGUUGCCCGCUGUAGCUGACGUGCUGCCCGCGCCCGCGAGAGCGCGAGCCACUCUAGUCGCAACCGCAUGCUAAAUAAGGUCUAGUUUCCUAUGAGUUAACUGACCACUAGUCAAUAUAACACUGGGUUUUAAAGUAUGGAGGCUAAGCAUGAAGAUUUUGGUACAUUGACUCGCCAUUUAUUAUCUUUAUCGCACGCGCAUAAAUUUAUUGCUUUUCCGCUCGCACAGUCAUUGCAGGCAUUGACCGCCGGUACACGGCCGCUAUAUUACGCUACGCUACAAUACGCGCGUGCAAUAGAGAUGUGAGCAGGCGGGUUAAUGUCCUAAAUUCUUCAUGCUUAGCGUUAUUAGUUUAUUACCUUAGUAUCAAGGGAUUGAGAUGUAAUUGACUACCACGUACGUUUAUUACAAUUGGUAAAUUUUUUGAAAUUUUUUAAGCUUUUAUCACCCUGGGCGCAUUUUAUAAAGUGUAACUUUAUGAGAAUUAUGAGUUUCAAUCGGCGACCUUACGCCGGCGACGAUAUUCAAAACGUCCCUUUGUCAAGCUGUCAUUGGUCAAGUUGAGAAAAACACCGUUUCAGACCUAUAUUUUUUAAUUUUUCCAAUUAAUUUACCUGAAGGUUGACUAAUGGUCAGUUUUCAAGUGCUUUAGAUGGCAUCGGUUCUGGGCUCGACUUUGUGAUAAUAAUAGUUGUUAAUUUCGAAAUAUACAAGGAAUAGUAAAAUGUAUUGGAUCAAUAACACUUUUAGUGAUUUUUAUAAAUGAUCUGAAAUAAUUUAAGACUAUAAAGUCAAGCCCAGGAAUCAUUUUGGAUGUUUCCCCUACGUACGUAUGAUGUUGACAGAUGUCAGUAAAAGCGUAUGAAGUUCCUUAUCGCCUGUUACUUAAUUGUCUCAAGUUUACUUAUUUAUUUUUCUAUAUAGAAACCGACCAGAUAAACACGAUUUUCGUUAUUAAAAUGAUACUUUUGUUCAAACUUAAUUUUAUCGUUAAAGGGAAACGAAAUUACAUUAAAUUUAGCGCCCACAAAUAAACAGGCGCAUACUUAUGUAAUGAAAUCAUGUUCAGCUGGGAUAAAGAGGAAUGGAGUUCCGAGCCUUAUUGUCCGUUCACAUCCAUAAUGUUUAUUUCUCUUGUUCUGCUGCCACAAAUAUAACUGAAUUUUAAACAACUAGCUUGGCAAUAUUUUACUUAAUUUGAAAUUUACAAUUUGCAAUAGGUAGGUAUGUUUUCAGAACUUGCUUAAUGUAAACGCUCAAAACAUUCCGCUUUCAUUAUGAGAGUUUUGGUGGCCGCCCUGCCUGGUUGGCUACUUGGCGCUGUGACCAAACUCAUAAAUUCGAAAGUAAACCAGAACUAAAGGUUGUCUGUUUAUUUGACAGACUAUGAGUCCUGCGAAUCGCUCGAGCGUAUGUUCACAAAAAUUUCAUAAAUUAGCCAGACUGACUGUGAUAGUUCGCAUGCAUUUAGUUAGCCCAUUGAUUGAUGUGUUCAGUGUCUUUCGUUCCCAACAUACCACAUUAAUAAAAUUAAUUACCGGUGUGCUAGAGAGAAAACAAUAGUACCAUCGCCGACACUGUUAACUGACAGUUCGUAAACCUUAUUACAAAAGGCAUAAGGUCCGCCGCUGGACAGUUAAGAGUGUCGCUCUUUGUACCUACUGCCUAUUUAUUUUGAUGAUAUUUGCUUUCGAAAAUGUGCUAUUUUAGAAACGAAGUUCAUUUUACAGCAAUCAUGCCUGUUGUCUUUGUACCUACCUAUCUAAUAGCUUAAAAAUCUUAGAGUUUCCAAUACCUACAUAGCAGUACCAAAACUAUAUAUGUAUAGGUAUUUAAAGUUUACGAAGAGAAAGCUAGGUAUGUUAAGUCCUAAGAGAUUAUAUCUAGGAUUUCUUUUAUAUGCACACACCUAAUGUGGACAAUGUGUACCAGAUUUUUUAAAUAAAAGCAAGUAUUAAAAAUUAACAUUUAAAUCGAGCGUUUCUCUAUCUCGUUCAUAGUCCGACAUAAAAAUAAUAAUUUAAAAUCUGAAUAUAAAAUAAACGAAUUCGUGUGCUCGUGGCACGAGCUCAUCGUGCAAUGUUAUUUUAUAUUUAUAACAGAAAAUAUGAUUCAGCUAUUUAUUACUACAUAGUUACUUGUAUCAUUUAUACAUAUUAAAUAUGUAAUUGUACUUAUUUUACAUGAAUGAUCUGUGAGCAUCUUGUAUUAGUUGAAUGUUAAACUAAAAAGCGGACUUAAGGCAGAGAGUAAUAUCCUUUAGAUGUGAAGAAUGUAGGGGAUAAGUAGGUUAUACCUUCUUAUAUUUUAAAAUCCCUGUAAUAACUGCCGUAAGUCCCCUUUUUGAUCAAGAUUGUGACGGUCGUGGCGCUCAUAUUAUAACUCUAUAGAUAUAUUUAAAAAAAGUUGUCUUACUUUAUAUUUUAAAUAUUUAUUUUACUUAUAUCAAUCCACAUAAAAAAUAUUAACCUACAAGUAGUUUUUAGUGUACCGCACAAACCUUUGUUCGCGGUACACUUAUGUGAUCACUGCGGUCUUGCAAAUCUGUUAAAUUUGUUUCUAUUGUACGAGUAUCCACUAUUCAACUUAUGUUUUAAGUCUUAACGUUGAUUUUUAUUUAACCAAGUACAAAGACAUAUUUACAUAGAUAGUGAUAGUGGCGCCACCUCUGUCACGUGUAUUUUCUGAAUGUUGUAUCUAUUGGAUAUCAUCUUUGGACAUGUUCCUAUUAAUUUAUUGUACUCAUUAUAGGUUGUAUUUAAUUUUAAAUUAGUUUAAUUAAUUUUUUUGUUAGCGUCCAAAAAACAUCAACCCUGUUACUUUUGUGUAAAUACUUGAAAAAAUAUCGAACCUGGUAGUUGUGCACCCAACGGUAUUACAUUACACUGACUACUAUUUAGUGAUUCUAGGCGUGGCGGACACUAGAGUCAGAUCAUGCUAUUAACAUGCAGACUGCAGUGAAAAAGUGUGGCAGUACCACCAUCUUUCAAAUUUAUAAUGGCGUUAUUCAACGUCUGUCAACUCUAACAAGCCAUUGAUAAUCGUUUGUUCCUAUCCGUCAUAUGGACAUUUGUGUUGCUUAGAAAAAAAUGAUAAAUUGAACAUAAGUUGGUUAAAGUUUAUAAGCGCAUAUCGUCGGGUGACAAGCAAAAGUCACUAACACCAUUGAAAUUAUUGGACAAUAUACCGUGUUACAAGUGUAAUAAAGUGCAUUGUUACUUUAAUUUUUUGAUAGUACUUAGUGACUUUUGCUUGUCACCCGAUGAUAUGAAAAUACGAAGUUCAUAAUGGCAGUGCCACACUCUGCAGAGCUUAGACACACUCUACUUGACACUGUCGACCGCGAUACAUGUCUCAUCACGUCAUAAACGGUUCAAUGUUUGUUAUUUAUGUUCAUGUUUGUGACAUUUAUGAAUUCUAUUUGCCAUCAUUUUGAAGCUCUUUAUAGAAAUAUUAUUAAAUAGAUAUUGUUAAAAUAAGCUUAGAAAUGCUUCAAUAAAGUGGUUUAUUUAUUUAAAAA